AAAGAAGGAGGCGAAAGACGAGAACAGAGGAAAUAGCUGAAAACAGUAAGCAAGCGAGCAAACUACCUGUAGCAGGAUCCAGUCUUAUUGCGUACAUACGCAUUUAGCUUCAAAAUACUGACUUCGUCCAUAUUUCCUUAAGGAAUUGUCGCAGAAAUAAAAGAAAAAAGAAAUAAAGAUAUGAGGAAAUAGAGAGGAAAUAGAAGGAAAAUAAAUAGAAAAAACGAAAUGAGGCCAAACGUUAACGUGAAAUCCUGACGCUCGAUAGCAAAAUACAACUUGUUUAUUGUUUUUGAGAGUCGGACAACUUCUGUAGGCGCACAUGUCGGGAGACGGCCGUUAUUUAUGUACAAUUUAUGCAAUCGAGAUAUUUUAAAAACAACCUCAGGAAAUCGCUAGCUUCAAAGUUCGCUGGUUGCUACUCGAGUAGCGGAUGUAUACGUUGUAACUGUUUGCUUUGAGGAUAUUUGAAAACGGAGCAUUUUCCACUCUUUAUAGGAGUAAUACAUAAUUAAGAAAGAAAAGAGAGUCAGGCAAACAACAUACAACGCUGGGAUUUAUUUACAAGGAAGACAGAAUAGAAAAUAACUAAAGGAUUAAUGUUAGAAAUCAACUAACUGGAAAGAGAAAGAGAAAAAUACCGAAUAUGCAAGAGCCAUGAUGGCUGACGCAUCCUCGAGAAGUGUGAUAUGAAGUCGCCCCGUGAUGACAGUGUUAUCUCUUGUGCUGUAUGUUCUGGCAGUUGUUGCCGGUUUAAUCCUGUUCGGACUUUAUCGUCAAAGGUCGGAAAGCGCUAAAGAAGAACUGGUUUCUGACGACGCUGUUUACACCCGCUACAAAGUAAAACCUUCCAUAUUUUCGGUACUCGGCAUCCAGUACUAUGGCAACAGUAACUAUUUCUGUUCGUUUGACGACCAUUUCGAGUCUUUCGACGCCGUCAGCAAGGCCUGUAGACGAGCUGGUCUGGAACAUUGUCAGUUGAUAGUGGGAGUGGACUUUACAGCCAGCAACGAGUGGCAAGGUCGAAAAACGUUCAACGGCCAGUGCCUACAUAAAAUUUGGCCAGGCAAGGUUUUGAACCCUUACCAAAAGGUCAUAUCGAUUUUGGGACAGACCCUGGAGCCGUUCGACGAAGACAAACUGAUUCCUGCCUUCGGUUUUGGCGAUACGAAAACAAUGAACCAGGAUGUUUUCUACCUGAAUCCAUCGGAGAAUCCAUGUUACGGUUUCCACGAAGUGCUGGAGCGGUAUAACGAAGCGGUUCGAAAUAUCACUCUAAGUGGCCCCACCACUUUCUGCCCCAUCAUUGAAAAAGCUAUCGAGAUUGUUAAAGAGAAAAAUACCUACCACAUCCUGGUGAUUAUUGCUGAUGGCCAGAUAAACGAACAAGGCGAAACAGUGAGAGCCAUAGUCGAAGCAUCUGAGUAUCCUCUUAGUAUCAUCGUGGUCGGCGUUGGCGACGGCCCGUGGGAUAUCAUGGAGGAGUUUGACAACUGUUUACCACGUCGGAAAUUCGACAAUUUCCAGUUUGUCGAUUACCACGGAACAGUAGGCAAAUCCAAACAUCCGGAAGCAGUGUUUGCCUUACACGCUCUGAUGGAAGUACCCGACCAAUACAAAACCAUCAGGAAUUUAGGGUACCUUCAGAAAGAGGAUAAGUUCUAUGGAAUUAUGGGUGGAAACUACAAGAUAGAAUCUAAUGUCUGAAGGACAAAUAUGACGAAUCUACACUUCUGUCCAAAAGCUAUUACAAACAUACAUACCGCACAACCUACCCAACUAUCUCUGUCUUUUUUCCUCUCUUUCACUCUCUCUUGCUUUCAGUCCCUCUCUCUAUCUCUAUCUCUGUCUACCUACCUAUCUAUCUAUCUUUCUAUCUAUCUUGUGCUCUAUAUCUUUUUCUCAUUCCUCGUUCCUCUUUGCUCUUAAUUCUCUUGCGACUUAUUGGGACAUUCAAAAAGUCAUGGCUGAUUUUUCCUAAUACAUAUAUGAAAUUUAUAUGAAAUUAUGUGUGUUUGUAUGUAUGCAAAUACAAUUCAGACUCCUAUACAGAUAUAUACAUACAUAUUACAUAAAUAUGAAACGUAUAUAUUAAUAUACA